AUGGAGGUGGGGGCGUUGAUCCGGGUCCCGGAUGCUCCACAGGCUGCCCCUGAUCAGGCUGGCCUGUACCAAAUGCCACAUUCUCAAGAAAUCAAUGAGCUUAAGUUGAAAGUUCAGGAUCUAGGCGGGAAGUUCAAGAAACCCGCCCUAAGGAAGGUGCGUGUGUCUGCUGAUGAGAUGAUGAGGGCCCUUCUGGGCUCCAAACACAAAAGCUCCAUGGACCUCCGUGCAAAUCUGAAGUCAGUCAAGAAGGAGCAUAUCAAGCAAGAAAAGGUCUUGACCUCUGAGAUAGGUGAUUGGCGUAAGAAUGUGGAAGCCAUGUCUGGCAUGGAGGGGAGAAAGAAGAUGUUUGACGCUGCAGGAGGAGGCCAGUGA